AUGGCUUCCGGACUGUCAGGUUUCUUUAUAUUCAACGCCAAGGGAGAAGUAUUGAUAUCCAGGCUGUAUAGAACUGAUAUCAAACGCUCCAUAUCCGACGUAUUCCGCAUUCAAGUAAUUUCCUCAACAGACGUACGCUCGCCCAUAACGACACUCGGCUCUACAUCCUUCUUCCACGUCAGACACGAAAAUCUGUAUCUCGUCGCAGUCACAAAACUAAAUGCAAACGCUGCCUUGAUUUUCGAAUUCUUAUACAAGAUAAUCACAUUGGGGAGAUCGUAUUUUGGGAAAUUCGAUGAAGAGGCUGUAAAGAAUAAUUUUACGCUGAUUUAUGAGUUGAUGGAUGAAAUCUGUGAUUUCGGGUAUCCACAGACGACGGAGCCUGAGACGCUAAAGUUGUAUAUUACGACGGAGGGGGUCAAGUCUGAACGUGCUGAGGAAGGAGCCAAAAUUGCCAUUCAAGCUACGGGAGCAGUCGCAUGGCGCAGACCAGAUAUUAAAUAUAGAAGGAAUGAGGCAUUCGUUGAUGUUGUCGAAUCUGUGAAUCUGCUCUUGUCUCAGAAGGGAACAAUACUCCGCGCAGACGUAUCAGGCCAAGUGCUAAUGCGCGCUUACCUCUCUGGCAUGCCAGAAUGUAAAUUCGGACUGAACGACAGCUUACUCCUCGACCAAGAAAACAAAACUGAUCGGUCUGGAUUUGCGCCAUCUAGUAGUGGGAAGAAGGGAGGAGCGGUUGAAUUAGAUGAUUGUCAGUUCCAUCAGUGUGUGAAGCUGGCCAAGUUUGAUAGUGAUAGGACAAUUAGUUUUAUACCUCCUGAUGGAGAGUUUGAGCUUAUGAGGUAUCGAACCACGGAAAACAUUCAUUUGCCGUUCAAGGUACAAGCUGUAGUGAAUGAGAUUAGUUCUACGAGGGUAGAGUUUAAGGUUGCUGUAAGGUCUAAUUUCCCACCAAAACUAUUCGCCCAAAAUGUCGUCAUAAAAAUCCCAGUACCCACUAAUACAGCAUCAACACGUGUACUGGUGACUGCCGGUAAAGGCAAAUAUGUUGGGUCUGAGAAUUCCUUUGUUUGGAAGAUUGCACGCUUCCAAGGCCAACAAGAAUUCGUCUUCUCCGGUGAAGCCGAUCUCACCACAACCACAAACAAGAAGGUCUGGUCACGACCUCCUAUAUCCAUGGAUUUCCAGGUGCUGAUGUUUACGGCGUCGGGUUUAAUGGUGAGGUUUUUGAAGAUAUUUGAAAAGAGUAAUUACCAGUCGGUUAAGUGGGUGAGGUAUAUGACAAAGGCUGGGACGUAUCAGAUACGGGAAAUGGAUUCGACACUUUUUAAGCUGAACAAUUUGGAUUGGAUGUUUCGAUAUGUUCGAGUUAUUCUCGCAGAUGUUGAUGGAUUCUUUGUUAGCUACAUUGUUUCUCAAGCUCGAGAUCUUCAAUUUUCGGACACAACGCAACACAAGAACACUGAACUCAAACUAGACAUGAUGGGCUUCGUGGAUUGCAGAUUGGCAGUGACCAUACUCAAUGCAAAGUACUCUGUUGAAUUUCGAGUCUUCGGUUCUCUCGUAGACGAAGAAGGAAUAUUUGGCAACUUUGAUGAAGAGGCUGAUGAGAAUAAUUUUCAAUUGAUUCGGCAGUUGAAGUGGAGUAAAGGAGCCAAGAUCGCCAGUCGUGCUACAGGGGCAGCUGCACAGAACGACGCUUUGCACAGACGUAUCGCUCCAAGUGCUAUCGCGCGCGCCUACCUCUCCACGAUGCCAGAAUGCACCUGUGGACUCAACGCCCGUCUCUCCCUCGACAACGAAGACAGGACAGAUCCAGGCCAACAAGAAUUCGUCUUUUCCGGUGAAGCCGAUCUCACCACAACCGAAAACAAGAUGGUUUGGUCACAACCACCGCUAUCAAUGGAUUUCCAAAUGCUGAUGUUUACGUCUUCAAAAUUGAUGGUUGUUGAAGAUAUUUGA